UAGCCCAAGUUAGUAGUAGCUUGGCCACCAUUCAAACGACAAGUAUGCAACUUUCGCUUUCGUUGGGAUUGCUGGCGGCCUUGGCCGGAGCCGUCAUCGCCGGACCGCUGAACGGCGUUCCAGAGGCAAGCAACGACCCGUACCAUCCGAGCUUCCCGGAAGAAAAGUCCUCCCUAAAUCGCAAUGCCCAGCAGGAGCAGAACAUCGAGUACUGGAAGGACAAUGCCAAGCACACCGUGGACACCAUUGUCAACCGGAAGGAGAACAAGAAUGUCGCCAAGAACGUCAUCAUGUUCCUGGGUGAUGGGAUGUCCAUUGCUACGGUAGCGAUGGCCCGCGUGUACGCAGGAGGAGAAGAACGCCAGCUGGCAUUCGAAAAGUUCCCGUACAUCGGUAUGUCGAAGACGUACUGCGUUAACUAUCAGGUGCCGGAUUCGGCCUGCACGUCAACUGCCUAUCUGACUGGGGUGAAAGGUAACUACGAAACGAUAGGAGUCAACGCUCAGGUUCCCGUCUAUAGCUGCACGGCGGAGUUGGACAAUAGUACCCAUACCCAUUCGAUUGCCAAAUGGGCGAUGGAUGUCGGAAAGGACGCUGGAUUAGUUACGACAACCCGAGUGACGCAUGCUUCACCAGCUGGAGUCUACGCUCAUACGGCCAAUCGCGAUUGGGAGAACGAUUACUUUAUAACUGGGGACGGGUGUGAUCCGAAUGUUCUGGAUGAUAUUGCCAAGCAACUGGUGCACGGGGACACAGGUAAGCGGCUGAAGGUUAUCAUGGGUGGUGGUCGUAGCGAGUUCCUGGACCAGGAACCAGAUCCAGAAUAUGGAGACCGAGGCUACCGUCGGGAUGGUAAAAACCUGAUCCAAGAAUGGUUGGAUCUGGGUUCUGAAGUGGAGAAUCGCACGUAUGUGUGGAACAAGCAGGACUUGUUUGCCAUUGACCCAGCGAAAACCGAUCGACUCUUGGGCCUUUUCGAGCCUAGUCACUGUGCAUACAAUCUGGAUCGGGUCCACAAGAACAUGGAAAAGGAACCAACGCUCGCAGAGAUGGUCGAUCGUGCUACGGAUGUUCUGAGUACGAACGAAAAGGGAUUCUUCCUGUUCGUGGAAGGUGGUCGAAUCGACCAUGGUCAUCACGAUAACUGGGGAAAGAUGGCAAUCGACGAGACGGUAGAGUUCUCGAAAGCGGUCGAACUUGCCCGGAAGAAGUUCAGUGAAGAAGACACCCUCAUCGUAGUAACGUCGGAUCACUCUCACUCGGUGAGCUUCUCUGGUUACCCGACCCGAGCAAACGACAUCUUCGGCACCGCUGGAACGGCAUCCGACAGGUUGCCGUACAUGACGAUUAGCUACGCCAACGGGUUGGGUUUCUACGACCACAUUGAUGCGGAAAACCACGGUCGUAAGGACGUCCGUACGAUGGACACAUCCUCCGACUACUUCCGCUUCCCAACGACACUGCCCGUCUUUUCGGAAACUCACGCAGGAGAGGAUGUAGCCGUGUACGCAUCAGGACCUUGGUCCCAUCUGUUCACCGGCACCUACGAACAGAACACCAUCCCGCACAUGAUGGCAUACGCUUCGUGCGUCGGCGAUGGUCUGAAAGCUUGUGCGUCGUGACAUCUUGGGUCGUAAAUUUAAGUGUUUGUAUUAAAUCUCCUGAUUAGAAUAAAUGGCUGUAAGAGUAUAACUCCAAUAACUGAUAA